AUGGCCUCUUCAGCGGACAAGGUCGCUCCCGUCGAGACCAACGGCCACAAGAGGGCUUGGGAGGGCGCCCGCAACUACCGUUUCAAGAAGCAGAAGCAAGAGAAGGAGUCGGUGCUGAAGACCGAGGGCACCCAUGAGGAGGUUCUGUUGAAAGAUGUCGAGGCCCUGCUGAGAAAACACUCCAUCAAUGACGCGAGUGGAGAAGCGAACCCUGGCCAGCAGCCCUCCCUCCCGGAUCCUUUCACCGAGAUCGAGCUCACAGUGCAAGAAAUCUCGUCGACCGGUGAUGGACUUGCGCUGGCUCCCAACUCGAACCAAGUCUUCGUCGUUCCCUUUACAUCUCCCGGCGAUAAGGUCAGGGCCAAGGUCAUAAAGCACUUCACAAAGCAAGGCUAUACCUUGACAGACUUUGUCCAAGUCAUCAGCCCUGGACACAUCAGAGAUGACUCGCUCGUGAAGUGCAAGUACUUUGCCUCCUGCUCCGGCUGUCAGUUCCAGAUGCUGCCCUAUGAGGCACAACUGGUACACAAGAGGACCAUCGUUGAGAAAGCCUACAAGAACUUCUCCGACCUGGCACCGGAGCUUAUACCACAGGUUGCCGACACUAUCGGCUCCCCACUGCAAUACGGCUACCGCACCAAGUUGACGCCACAUUUCGAUGGUCCCCCCGGCAAGAAGAGGAGCGAUGGCCGCAAAGGCAUCCGGAGAACCUUCGCCGAAGUCCCGCCCAUCGGAUACAUGAAGAAAGGCACCCGCCACACCAUCGACAUCGAGGACUGCCCCAUCGGCACCGACGCCGUGCGCAUGGGCAUGCAGAGCGAGCGGAAGCGCGUGGCCGCCGAACUGGACAAAUACACCAAAGGCGCCACCAUCCUCCUCCGCGAGAGCACCAAACGCAUACCCAAAGACCCAGCCGCGCCACCCCCCGCGCCACGCCCCGACGCCGUCCUCGAGGACCGCGGCGCGCACUACCACGAAAAAACAUGCGUGACCGACCAAAAAGGCCGCUCGACCGAAUACAUCGACGACUUCCAGUUCGAGAACCCCGCCGGCGCCUUCUUCCAGAACAACAACAGCAUCCUCCCCACCUUCACGCAGUACAUCCGCGACCACAUCCUGCCCCCGGCGAGCACCGACACCGACACCGACCCCGGCAGCCGCCGCCCGCCGAUCAAGCACCUCAUCGACGCCUACUCGGGCUCGGGCCUCUUCACCAUCACCCUCUCCCAGAUGUUCGCAAAGUCGCUCGGCAUCGACAUCGCCGCCUCGUCCAUCGCCUCGGCCUCGACCAACGCCGCGCUCAACGGCCUCGCCGCCGACCACGCCGCCUUCAUCGCCGCCGACGCCGCGAACCUCUUCGCUUCCAUCACGUUUCCCGCCCGCGAGACCGCCGUCGUCAUCGACCCGCCGCGGAAGGGGUGCGACGACUUGUUCUUGCGCCAGCUGCUGCGGUACAGUCCCGAACGGGUCGUGUAUGUCAGUUGCAACGUGCACACGCAGGCGAGGGAUGUGGGCGUGUUGGUGAAUGGGAUGGAAGGCGUGGAUGGAGGGUUUGGGGUCGGCGGCGGCGUGUAUGAGAUUGAGAGUCUGGUGGGGUUUGACUUUUUCCCGCAGACGGGGCAUGUGGAGGGGGUGGCGGUGUUGCGGAGGAGGAAGGAAGGGGAGGGCGGGAAGGAGAAGGAGAAGGAGAAGGAGAAGAUGGUGGAGGUGGAGAGGGAGCUUGAUUAG